AUGUGCUUGGUGUUUGCCUAUUUAUUUGCGCAUCUUGUUCCUCAACCACCACCAUCCAACCACCAUCCCUCACGACGAGCCCUCCUCGCUCAGCACGUUGCCCAGGCCGACACCAUCUACUGCUGUCGACGACCACCCACACCAAUGACCCACAACAACAACGCGGCCACGACCCACAACAAUGACAUGGCCACAACCCACAUCAACGAUGAUGCGACGACGACCCAUGACGACGACGCGUCCACAACCCACAUCAACGACAACGUGACGACGACCCACGUCAACGACAACACGAUAAUGACCCACCUCAACGACAACGUGACAACGACCCACGUCAACAACAACGCGACGAUGACCCACGUCAACAACAACACGACAAUGACCCACUCAACAACAACGCGACAACGACCCACGUCAACGAUGUGA